AUGGGUAGAGCAUCGCGCUUUUCCUCUGGGGCACCCGGAUUCGAAAUUCGCGGUCGGACACUGUGCGGGCUUCUGGAGCAAGGAGUCCUAGCAGUGUUGGGUCCACGGCAGCCGGAAACAGCGCUGCUAGUUCGUCAUGCGUGUUCCAGGCACCAAGUGCCACACGUGUACCUGCACCGCCAGGAGGGCGGAGAGCGUGCCUUGCCUCUGGACACGCUGUCUUUGACUGUGACACCAUCGGCUGAGGAGCUUGGCAGAGCACUGAGUGACCUCGUCAACGCGCAAGGCUGGAAGCACUUCACUAUCAUUUACGAGAAACCAGAAGCACUAGUACGGCUGCGUGGCCUCCUGCAGCUGCACAGGCCUGGCAACCCGCCCCCGACGGUUGCAUUGCGCCCCCUUCAUGACAAGGCGGACCCUCGGUCGGUUCUGCGGGAACUUGCAAAAGCGGGGGAGAAUAACAUCAUUCUUGACCUGACCACCCAGAGGCUGGCGGAUGUACUCCGGCAUGCCCAGAAAGUUGGAAUAAUCAACGAGUACCAUAACUUCAUCGUCACUACAUUGGAUUUGCACACGGUAGACCUGUCGGACUUCCAGAACUCAGGGACGAACCUCAGUGGCUUUGUCCUGGUAAAGAAAGAGCUCUGGGAGCACGACAUUGCAGCAGUCCGAGAUGCUUACGCUCGAAGCGGCGUCCAUUCCAUGUUCAUCGGACAAAGGGCUUCGAGGAAGCCUAUACGGACAGACGCAGCUCUGACUCAAGACGCUCUGGACCUCCUGGUUCGAGCCGUCCAGAGACUGGCUACGGAGCGCACGCUCGCUCGGCCGCCUAGCGUACGCUGCCCGGGGCAGCAGGCAUCAAGACCAAGGCCGCCGUCGCAGGCCUUUGUCGACGCAGUUAAACAGACCCGUAUCUCUGGACUCACCGGGACCAUUCACAUGGACUCAAUGGGACGCCGACACAAUCUAUCUCUGCACGUUGUGCAGAUGAAACGAGCGGGGCUGGCAUCGGUAGGAACUUGGAGUGCCUCGACGGGGCUCACCAUGACGCAGACGGAGAAGAUGUUUCAGCAAGAAAUCUUGAGCGCACUGAAAAACAAAACGUUCAGGAUUACUACGAUAUUGAAUGCACCUUAUAUUAUGAACAAGGCACCAGCAGAAAAGCUGGUUGGAAAUGAUCGCUUCGAAGGCUACUGUGUGGAUUUGCUCCGAGAAAUGGCCCGGCUGCUGGGCUUUCACUACCAGUUGCAGCUGGUCAGGGACGGUGCUUACGGUAGCCGAGACUCCCGCGGCCAUUGGAAUGGCAUGGUGCGCGAGCUGCUCGACAUGGAGGCUGAUCUGGCGAUUGGAGACCUUACCAUCACGUACGCACGCGAAGCAGUUGUGGAUUUCACCAUGCCUUUUAUGACUCUCGGAGUGGGCAUUCUCUACAGGAAACCCCAGCCAGAACAGUCGCUUCUGUUCUUCCUGUCUCCACUCUCCACAGAUGUGUGGUUGUGCGUGGCGGCGGCGUACGUCGUGGUCAGCCUGCUACUGUGCUGUGUGGCCCGCCUUGGAAGAGCACGGUGGAAAAGUAGCCAUGUCUCCGGGGAGCGUUGCUGCUGGUCUUGUCAAGGAAGUCCGAGUCGGGGUGACGUCGGUUGUGUUGGUAGAAGUGGAUACGGCAGUGCGGGUCUCGACGUUAUUAUGGCUGGACGAGCUGACGAUUUGCGGAUACGCCACAGCGAGAGGAUAUUUACUGGUGAGAAAAAGCGUGCCAAAAUGCGGCCCACCAAGACCCAGUUCACUUUGCUCAACAGUUUGUGGUUCACCAUGAGUGCUAUCAUGCGGCAGGGAUGCAACACCUCACCGAGGUCGGCGUCGACACGCAUUAUUGCUGCUGCCUGGUGGCUGUUCUCGUUCGUACUGGUAUCUUCAUACACGGCUAAUUUAGCAUCGUUCCUGACUCGAGAGCGACUACGGUCUCCCAUAGAAGGCGCCGAGGACUUGGUUAAGCAGACUGAGAUUCAUUACGGCUGCGUCCGCUCAGGAUCCACAGAGGCCUUCUUUAAGGAUUCUAAACACGAGACAUACGAGAGGAUGUGGAAUGCCAUGAACGAUGACCUGGUGUCGUCCAACGCCGAGGGCGUUGAGCGCGUAGAUCGUGGUGGCUACGCCUUCCUCAUGGAAUCCACCAGCAUAGAGUACGUGGUUCAGCGUCGGUGCCAACUCACGCAGGUCGGAGGGCUUCUGGAUUCAAAGGGAUAUGGCAUUGCAAUGCCUCAAGGGUCCCCGUACCGUAGCGUGCUGUCCUCUGCUAUACUGCGGCUCCAAGAGAGUGGAACCCUACAGAUGCUCAAGGACCGCUGGUGGAAGGUUAGGGAUCCAACGAAGCAAUGUCCCGACGAUGCGGCUGCGUCGAGGCCUGACACUGCGAGUGAGCUGGGCCUGCCUAAAGUGGGCGGCGUGUUCGUCGUCCUCCUCGCCGGGCUGGGCGUCGCUUGCCUCAUCGCCUUCGCCGAGUUCUUCUUCAAGGCCCGCUCGUCACGGAAACGACGGCACCCUACUUCGACGAGUGGCGCGUCAUCGGGACGACCAGUGGACAUCACCGACAAACACCUUCUGUAAGAAGCCUUACAAAGCGGAUGAGCAAAUUGUUCGUGCCAAAGUUUGAAGUAUGCAUGGCUCCACGAAGAGUUAAUAAUGGAGUUCAAGUAUCAUGUCGUCCGUCGAGAACUGCCAGCUGCCAGCGUCGGCCACUCCAUUUACCAGAAAAUUUCACAA